AAUGACGGCUUCACCGCGUUUCACUUAGCGGCCAGAGAGGGCGAGGAGGAGGUGCUACAGACUUUGCUCAGAACAGGUGUCACACUAAAGGAUACGGUUUAUUUGAAUGACACCGAUAACUAUGGCAACACCUGCCUUCACUUGGCAGUCAAACAUGGCCGCUAUUCUUGCGUCAAGACCUGUAUGGAUGCCGGCGCCAGCUGGUCUGUAUGGAACUCCUCGCUCCAGACCCCUCUCCACCUUGCCGCUAUUGCGGGUAACCUUUGCAUUGUAAAGCUACUAAUCCUAAAGGGGGCUAAGUACGACUGCGAAGAUGGAGACGGAAUGACAGCUAUACUGAGAGCUUCCUUAGAAGGUCACGUGGACAUAGUGGAGCAUCUGCUCGAUCAGGGAGCUCCUCUUAUGUGCCCUGACGGCAAACUGACCCCCACCCCACUGCUAUGCGCAGUUGAGCGAUGUCACCACAAGACCAUAGAGUUCCUUUUCUCUCGAGGGGCGCCUACGGACUAUCAGGACAUGCACUGGCGCACGUGUUUGCAUGUGGCGGCGGCGUGCUCGGAUUUCAGGACGGUGGAGAUCAUCCUUAGGAAUGGUGGUAAGAGUAUCAUCAACUCCAAGGACAGCUACGGGAAAACCCCGCUACACUACGCGGUGAUCAGAUGCCAAGGCGGAAAGAUUAUACAACUUCUGAUAGAAUCCGGCGCUAAUGUCUUAGCGGUAGACUUUGAUGAGAGACUUCCGCUUCACCAUGCGGCAGAACAAGGGAUGCUGGAUAAUAUCAGUAUUCUAUUGCAAGCAAAUCCCGAGACCAUCAAUGAGGUCGAUAAUCGAUCACUCACCGCUCUGCACAUCGCCGCAGCUGCAGCACGUACUGAAGCGUGUAGACUUCUGCUUGAAAAAGGCGCAGAGGUCGAUUACAGGGAUGAUGAGAGAUUGACACCGUUGUUCUACGUGGCAUCCGUUGGAUGUCCCUUAACUGUAAAAGUGCUCUUGGAGUAUGAUGCCGACCUGGAGGCUCGAGACAAAAACAGGAAGACCCCACUAAUAUCGGCGGCUUACUUCGGUCGCCUGGAGGUGUUCCGUACCUUACUGGACUCAGGGGCUGACAUCGCUGCCGAGACGUCGAGUGGAUGGAACGCGUUGGACGUUGCCCUUGACAACAACAACCUCGACAUUACCAAUGAGAUAAUUAGACACGAGAGUUGGAAAACCCUGCUGCUCAAUACCAAGGCUGAUGGAGUGAGCCCUUUAAAAAAACUGAUCGAACGAGUCCCGUGUCUUGCAAAGGUUGUUCUGGACAAAUGCAUCGAGCACUCGACAUGGGUCGACACGGACAAGGAAUAUUCGGUGACGUACGAUUUUCAGCUGUUGUCCCCACCUCCUGAUCGUGAAAAAGACAAAAACGGUCAGCGGUACUUUGGCCCAAUGGAAAUGCUGCUACAUGGCAGAGAGGAUUUACUGAGACAUCCUUUGACCAAGAAAUUGAUGGCGACAAAAUGGCGUAACGUGGGGGUCAACUUUUUCUAUCUUGGCGCGUUCAUCUACUCAUUAUUUCUGGUGGAUUUUUCGCAUUUCAUGUUCUGUGUGACCGGAUUCAACGACAAAUUGCGAAGAAACGAAACAGAAAAGAGUCAUAUGUGUAGUGAAUCGAUGCUUUACUAUCAAGCAAUUACACUCGCAAUAUUUGCCAUCGUCAAUUUGUUGUAUGAGGCCUACCAGUUAUACACAGAGCGCCUCUCGUAUUUUGAGAUGGCCAAUGGGUUUCAAGUGUCUACUUUUGUCUGCACUCUUAUAAUGCUGUUCCCUCUCGAGAAAAACAAAUUCUUGGUGACUGAGCUGAGCUGGAGCGCGGGCAUGAUCGGGCUGCUGCUAGCUUAUCUUACAUUUCUACUUUACCUACAAACUUUAUUUUCCACAGGUAUCUAUGUCACAAUGCUAUUCGAGGUUCUAAAAUCUCUUCUUAAGGUCCUCGCCAUGUUUUCUGUGCUCAUUCUUGGUUUCGCCCUUAUUUUCGUACUUCUGAUGAAUGGCGCGGAACCAUUCAACCUUUUCCUCCCCUCAAUCUUCAAAGUGGUUGUCAUGACAAUCGGAGAGAUUGAAUACUCGCGGUAUUUCGUGGACGAAGUUUCGCUAUGGAGCAGUCGCACUAAACACCUGGAGCACCGGGAACUGAUCGCACAGUGUAUUUUUGUCUGCUUUUGUUUGCUGAUGCCAAUUGCACUGAUGAACCUACUGAUUGGCCUUGCUGUUGGAGACAUAGAGUCUGUGCAGGAACAUGCAGAGAUGAAGAUGAUGGCGACUGAGAUCGAGACGGUUUUUGAGUUUGAAGAAAAGAUUCCUUUGGUGAUACGAAGGCGAUUUUACAAGCCUUCGAUGACGAUCUUCCCUAACAAACCACGACGCUUCACCAGAUGGGUGCAGAAAUACUUUGGUUGUUUCGGGAGCAGGUUAAACAGGCGUAAGAAGAUCGGAAUAAAGCGAGACAUGACAGUGAAUGAGUCACCAUCGGACAGUCUAACGAACAUGCAAUUUACAUUAGCGGAUCAUGGCCACAGAAUCGAUGUUAUCAGCACAGAGCUGCGCGCGCAUAGAGAGCUACUCGAGAGUAUUGCCGCUGCUCUACACCGCACACCCAGUGAGCCAACAAAUGAGAGGAACGUUCGGCGGCAAGAAGGCUCGGAAGAAAACAUUCUCAUGAAGCUAUGAGAGGGAUGACUUCUCUACUAUGAUGCUAAUGUAAUAGAUUUAGGUGCUGCCUAAAGCGGAGCCAGCACUUCGACCUUCAAAUCGAUAGUCCCUUAC